AUGGUGAUUGGCGGCGUGGAGUACCAGUAUGCUCCUGCGCUGUACGAAAAUGGCUGGAAAGUUCGUUUUCCGCCCACUGACGACGGCAACGGUUUGCCAGCAACGAGAGUCGAGUUCGCGGCUCUCCCGUCGUCCAACGUGAUGGACCUGGACGGCCACCACAUCAAAUUCUACGACGCGCCACACGGCGACACUGACGCCAAUUCAUUUUUGCACCUGCCUGAAUUGGGACUCGUGGUAGCUGGUGAUAUUGUGUAUAACGGGGACUGCCACCAGUGGCUUGGCGAGGCUUCCACGUCGGAGAAACGAGCAAGAUGGUUGGAAGCUCUGUCGCAGAUUGGGGCGCUGAAUCCAAAGACAGUUGUACCUGGGCAUACGUUUACACCUGCGCUGGAAGCGAACGAAGCGAUUGCUCGGUCCAUGCUCGAGAGCACCAAGGAAUAUAUUCAGAGGUUUGAGGAGGAACUGAAGAAGGUUGAGACUAAGGAGGAAUUGUUCGAAAGGAUGCAGUCGUGGCAGCCACGGUGGAACACUGUCCUUCUGAUCCAAGGUUGCGCGGCUAACAUACGAGCCAAGUGA